GUCUUUUUUUCUUCUGUUCUCGUUUUCCUUUCUUUUUCUUUCGUUCCUUCCGUUUCUUCGGUCUUUGCUCUUUUUGGUCUUGUGGUCUUUGAGUCAUUGUUGCUUGUUUCCAUUGGGAUUGAGUGGCACCCAAUAAACACGCACACACUCAGCCAGCAUGAGCUUUGACUCUCCGUCCAAGUUCUUUGGCGGCUCAACGCCAUCGACCAGCACGUUCACGUCGCCGGUGCAGCCGUUCCAGGCGCAGGCGACGGCUCGGCUGUUCCCUAGCAGCAACACUCAGAGCAUCAGCAUCAGCAACAACAGCAUCAGCAUGACGACGCAAGCAAUGACGGCCGACUUCUUCUCCCAAGUCGCCAACGCAGCAGCAUCAGACCUCGAUCUGCAGCCACAGCACUACCCCCACCACCACCAGCAACAACAACAACACUUGACUAACUUGUUCACUGGCGCAGCAGUGCACGACAACGCACCGCAGCCGACCUGGUUUGCUCAAUCUACAGCUCCUGCUGCUGCGUCUACGCCUGCUCACAGUCACACAAUGACUGGUACUCCUCAGACUGCUCACUCUACUCCUCAUACUGCGACUGCUCCUUCGCCGUUUGCAUCGCCCGCUGGCUUCUUUGCAAGCGCAGGCCUCGCUGCGAGCAGUGGCCGCCCAACAAGCUCAACGGCCAACAACACUGCUUCUGCUGCUUCAACUCUGUGGGAUCCGUCCGUCUCUGCCUCACACCAGACUCCGCUGACUGCAAUGACGGCGCCGUCUGCUGCUGUUCCCGCGGGCAAGUUCUACAGCGGAUCGAUCGCGUCUGCGUCAACGUCGCGAGGCAGGCGAUACUAUGUGGCUGCUUCUGGAUUGACAAGCACCACGACUGCUGCUCCGACUGCUGCUGCUCCUGCUGCUGUUGCUCCUGCUGCUGCUCCAACUGCUACUGCAGCCACUCCAGCAGCAACAGGUCACGCAGAGGCUGGUGCUGCGACACUCACCCACCAUCCAAUCUCAUCGUACAAUCCGGCUUCAGCACCACUCGAAGCUGGACACACCGAGCCCGGUCGCCCUACGCUCAAUUUGCCAGAGGAUCUCGAGCUCGAGAACGAUCUGUUUACAAGCCGCCGCGCCGCGAAGCCGGUUUCGCCAUCUUUCGCUCCGCAGCCCUCCGAGAUCGACAGCACAUCUUGGGUCGCUCCUCCUGCGCCCUUCACCGCUCCAGAAGUGCCUGUGGUCGAUCCGUUCGCGGUGCAAGCUGUCUCGACGGCGCCUGCUAGUGACGUUGCGACUUUGGGGGUUACCAAUGUCGAGAAUCCGUGGUUUGUGGCUGGCAGCGCGCCGGGUAGCACGACUUUGACCGCUGCGCCGUGGUUUGUUUCGUCCACGUUGACGGGCCCAGCUCCAGUCGAAGCCAGCGAGGCAAUCGAGGCAACCAAACCAACCGAGUCAGUACCACUUCCUCCUGCAGAAGCUGCCGAGACUGGUUGGGACGACGACAUGUUUACCAGUCGCAGAGCCAAGCGUCAACAAGAUCCGGAGGACCAGCCAGCUGCCGACCAGCUUGAAGCAGAUACCGACAGCGGUCUGUCAAAUCAUACGAGCAGUGCUGGUAACCACCACUGGUCUGUCGCGAGCGAAGCUGCGAUUUCUUCGGCACCCUUUUCUUUUGCAACGAGCGCAGAGAAUGAAAGGCCGCCCGUACAACCGACGACCGCCAACCACGAGAUUGUCCCCGAACCGUUCGCUUUUGACAAGGGCAACCCGACUCAAGCGAAUGCUGCCACCCCUCCUGGUGCUCCGUGGCUGGCGGCCGCACCAACUCCGUUCUGGCAGCUUUCUCAAACCGUCCCCACACACCAAGAUUCGCAAGGGCAGGAUGACCAACCCUCUGGCGAAACUGCCUGGGAGGACGACAUGUUCACCAGCCGCCACAGAAAACCGACCGAGCCAAGCGACGAGACCGAGCCUAUCGUUCAGGCAGAACCACCCCUGAUGAACAAUCCGUCCGCACUUCCAAACGACCACGGAUUUGUGUCUGCGCCAUGGCAGACAGCACCGAGUCAACCGUUCGACUCGACUCUAGUUGCCUCCAGCGACGCUGCUGCCGUCGAGGCCGGAUGGGAGGACGACUUGUUUACCAGUCGCCGACCAAAACACGAAGAAGAGCUGCGUGACGAGGCUGCCGUGUCAUCGGCACCUUCGACGGACGCUGUUGAAUCUGGAUGGGAGGACGACAUGUUUACAAGUCGACGACCAAAGCACGCAGAGGCGAAUGACGAGGCUGCUGCGUCGGCACCCGUGAUGAACUCCAGCCAUCACGAUCUCGCUCCAGAGCACGCCGCAGGAGGCGACGUGUUCACCAACGCUCAGUCCUUGAGCGACAUUCCGCUCGAGUCUACUACUUCAGAACUAGUCGACGACACUCCUCGGCAAGAAACCGUGGCUGCCCCUGAAGUCACCGAGAACGGUUGGGAAGAUGACAUGUUCACCAGUCGCACUCACAAACGGCAAGUUUCUGGCGAUCAAGAAGUGGAUUCGAGAGAUGAUCAUUUCCAACAAGUGGAUCAUUUCCAACCCGUCAAUCAUUUCCAGCAAGUGAAUCAUUUCCAACCCGUCAACCAUUUCCAGCAAGUGGAUCAUUUCCAACAAGUGGACCACUUCAAGCUGGCGGAUCAUUUCCAGCCUUCUGCGGCUGAGGACGGCCCUCAAUUUGUUCAGUUUCAGCCAGUCGAUCAGCUCCAAUCUGUGGACCAAUUCCAGCAGAUUGAUCUACAUGCAAGUCAGCAGGCGGCAUGGCUUGACUUGCAACCGGCUGAUCGUGCAUCGCAGGACACUAGCUUGGCCCAAUCCUUUGAUCGUGAGUCGAUUCCACGCGAGGAGCCCAUUGCGGGCUCUCAAGCAACCGAGAUGUUUGCUUCAGGCUCCGCCGCUUACGCCAACGGGUACCUUGGCUCUGAGACUCUGACUGGCACGAAUUCUGUUGAUUUAUUCCCCGCACCGAGCGCCAGUCAGCCCCAGCAACCACCACUGCAACACCUUCCACAACCAUCAUCAUCGUCAUCAUCACAGCAACAGCAAUUCUUCGAAACGCAACAUCAGCCCGCGAAUCCACAAAGCUACGAGUCUUCUUCGUCGUCUGCCCUCGUUGCUUCGCAACCUCUUGAGCCUUGGGCAGUUGCGCCCGAAGUGCAAUCGUCCCACCCUGCUUGGCUUGCGUCGAGCCCCAGUGCCACUUACGGCGAGUCUGGUUUGCAUUCACACGGAGCCGCGCCCUCCAAUGACGACAGCUGGGCCGGUUUGGAUGACACGAUUGAGAGCGACAUGUACACGCGGCCCAAAUCCAGGCGCCAGCAACCUAGUCUGCGGGCGAAUCACGACGAAACGGAUGAUCGCUCACCUUCCAACCCUCCGCCGCCAGAGGCUGAUUUCCAACACCCAGAAGCAGCGAUUCCGGUUGCUCCAGCCGAUGACUUUGCGCUUGCAGAUACCAGCACUGCCGACCAGAGCGCCGAUUUUGCCGCAGCAUCCUUGCACCAACAACCCGAGACCAGCGCGCUUCCUUCCAGCAGUACGUCUGAAAUUCCAACUGCUCCGCUGUACUCGUCACACAACAUUGCUCUCGAGUCCGCUCCUUUCGAGCCAGAGAAUCAACAGUUGCGCCUCGAGCUGGCUGCUGCCGAAACGCAGAAACGCGAGCAAGCACAGUUGGAGUCUGCAGUUUCAACCGCUCCCGAACAACAUGUUGCCUCCAACUCGUCCGCUGCCUUUGAGACAGAAAAUCAACAGCUGCGCUCCGAGUUGGCUGCCGAAAAGCAGAAGCUUGAGCAAGCGCAGCUCGAGCUUCAACAACUUCGCACAGACCUUGAUUCCCAAGCCACCGAAUUGAAGGGGGCUGUCGAUCGCAUUGAUGUGCUCACUGCAAGCCAACCGGAUCCUGUGCCGCUCCAGCCAGCUGUGCAGCUUGUCGACGCAUUCACUCUGACCGAUGUCGAGCCUGCUGUGCCAGCGCGACCCCCAAGCGCUCAUGCGAGCACCUCUACCUCGCUCGAGCUGGCCCCUCAGCGCGUGGAUGCAGGCAUCUCGGCCUUCCCUACUCUUGUCGAUGCAGGCACUCACGCGCUCGAUGUCGAGUUCGCCCCGGCGCGGCCAACCACAGCCGAAGCGAGCACCUCCACCUCAGUCCUUGCCGACGAACCUCCAGCUGCGGAGCAUACUCCGAGCUAUGGCUAUGGUCCUUCCGAGGCCGACUUGUCGACGCUGGAAGGCUUGCUGAUGGACGGUCGAUACGCUGCUGGCUUUGAUUUCUGCGUUUCACAACCGCAACCACAUCUGCUGCCAUUCGCAAUGAUUGUAGCGUGUGCCAAGCUCGACUAUGACGUGCCCAAGCUGCAGCUUGCAGUGUCACGCUUUGCCGAGACGAGCCUUGACCCUUCUCGGGCUCUGCAUGCUCUACUCUCCCAAUGGGCCGUCCACCUGCAAGCGCCUCCAUCGACCGCACCACCUCCCGCCUCGUCGGUGCGCCUGUUAACUGUUGGGGACAGCCUGGCACCCGCCCCAGAGCUUCGUGACACCGGAUCCUCGCCGCUUGAUUUGGAGUCGACUGCGCCGUUCCCCGACCGCACUCACGCCAUCUCGCUCUCUGCUCAAAGCUCGCUUCGACUUGCCACCGGCACAACUUUGCUUGGCGGGGACGGCACCUCGACAGGCGAACCUCUGCCCGCCUCAGGCCGAGACGAUAGCGUCGAUGUGAUGGACGACGUCGACUUGAACUUGUACAUUGACCCCGCCGAACUCGAAUUCGAUCCCGAUUAUGAUCCGAACUUUGACAUUGACGCGCCUCUCCCGCAACCUACGGCAUUUUCCAGCACUGCACGUCCACUUUCCGGUCAGUUUGGAGACCCGUCCGAGCCACCAGGAUAUCGGUACGACAUGUAUUCGACGCCACUCCCUCGGUCGCACGAGUCCGCGGGUGCUCGUGGUGGUGGUGGUGGUGGCUUUCUUCCGGCCUCCUCUCUCCCUCCUCUGCCACUCUCGUCGCAGUCCAUGGCGAGUGUCUCUGGUUGGGCUGCCACGACAACAAGCGGAUACACCGAACAGCCCACCUUCGCGCUUCAUGACACGACCGUCCGCUCCUUUGCUGCAGACUCGUCGUACAUUCCGAGUACGUUGCACACGAGCGCACGCCUGACGUCUGCGCCCCUUCAAUCUUCGGACGAGAGCACGCCGCCGCAAAACCCGGCGCCAAGUACCGAGUCCAUGUUGUUUUUCGAUCCCACCGCCACUGCAACCAAUCUACUGGGCGCCAACGAAGGUGCCGGCUCUCUCAUGUCGUGGCAAGCAGCGGGUUCGAACGCUGCAGGGCCGCUUUUUGCGGAUGCCGAUUCCGCUCCGACCCACUUCUCCGACAAUCAUGCAACUUCUGCCGAUGCCCCUGCUGCAGCCGAAUCACACACUGGAGCAGCGAACGGCGUUGAAGAUGAAGAUGACCUGGGAUUGUACACCAAUCGGAAGCGGUCCAAAAAGCCGUCGCAGGCCAUGUCGUCCGACACGAGCACGUCGGGCAACAGCGAAGAAGCGGAAAAUCCCGACGCCGAUCAAAGUUCUGGCGCCAAAGUUGAUCCAUGGGCUGCUGCCGAGGAGAAGAAACGAGCUGAAGCGCGCGGUCAAGGCUGGCUCUCGUCCCUCAUGAAAUCCGCCUCGAAUAUCCUGCCGAAACGCCCCAUCGUUGCCAACCUUGGCGAGGAAAAUUCGAUGGUGUUUGAUCCCAAACUGAAGCGUUGGGUCUCCAAGAACGGGCCAGUGGAGGAUGACGGCGCCGCGGCCCCUGCUGCGCCUCCGUCGGACACGGACUUGGGGCGCGUCGCAACACCAGCACCCCAAUCACAAGCUGGGCCGUCUGGCGCUGCUUUGACAACCCCGGCUGCUGCUGCUGCAGCUGCUGCUGUUGCUGGUGCCCCUUCCUCCGCUGCAAGCGGUCGUCGCUCUCGUGCGAAAUACGUGGAUCCGUUUGCCAAACCAAAUUGAUUCUGCGUGUGCCCUGGGAGAAAUCAAUAAACGUCAACACAAACAACCC